UAUCUAUUGUUUUUCCUCUCUGCAGGAAUGCCAUCUAAUGAGGAUAUCCGUGGGAUGCUCUUUCUGUCGCUCACUGUUGUUGGAGUUCCUGGGAACAUGGCGGUCAUUGUUGCCUUCCUCCUUCUGAUCCUCCAAGAGAGCUGGCUCCUUGCAGCAGACGCCAUCAUCCUGCAUCUGUCCUGCACCAAUCUGCUGGUGGUCCUCGUACGCUGUCUGAUGGAGACACUGGCCUCCUUCCACCUGGUCAAUGUCUUCGGAGACAUUGGCUGCAAAGGUGUGAUCUUCAUCUACAGAACUUCCAGGGCUCUCUCUAUCUGGCUCACCUUUCUCCUUAGUGCCUAUCAAUGUUUGAGUUUUGCCCCUCCUGGAUCAAAAUGGGCCUCUGUCCGCACCUUAGUGGCCCAAAAUUUACCCAUUGUGUUUGUCUUCCUCUGGGUCCUCCAUACUAGCCUUAGUGCAGGGGCCAUAUUGUUCUCUGUGAGCUCCAAGAAUGAGACUGCUGUGACAACAAGCGCUAUCAACGUGGAAUUCUGUUAUGUGAAUUUCCCAUCAAAUAUCCUCAAAAAGGUUUAUGGGGCGAUACAAGUGAGUAGAGAUGUAGUGCCUAUGGCCCUCAUGACUCUAACCAGCCUUAUCAUUCUUGUUCUCCUCUACAAACACAGCCAACACCUCAAGGGGCUCCGUGGUGCUGGCCAUCCUGGUUCAGGAACUUGUGGUUCCGAGCAGCGGGCUGCUAAAGUUGUAGUUGUGCUCGUGACCAUUUAUGUUGUUCUUUAUGGGGUCGAUAACUGUCUUUGGGUGUACACACUCACUGUGAGGCACACGAUGAACUCCUCACUGAUCUCUGACCUGCGUGUGUUCUUCGCCUCGCUGUACGCAGCGCUGAGCCCUCUGGUUAUCAUCGCGUCUAACAGGAAGGUGAACAGCAGGCUGAGGUGUGUAGCACAGGAAAAGCCUUUGCUGGGAAGAACAGCUCACCUUCGUUCUAUAUGA